UAGAGGUUGGCCCACGUAAUUAGCCCUAUCUCUUUGGGUAUCUACUGACUAUCUGUCAUCAAUUUCAGAGAAGAAGAGGUCGCGGCAUUAUCAAGACCUGUUCAAAGCUCUCGCAGACGCCAAGAAGAUUGAUUUACGUUUUCAGGAAUUUCUUCUGUAAGAAUAGUGAUGGGGGACGAUCUAGUCCUGUCUGUUGACCACCUCAUUACACCCAAAUCAUUUCAAUCACUAGAAGCCAGUGAGACCCCAGGAUCAUCUAAAGAUGGUUCUUGCUCUCAUAUGGCUGAUCCAACCACCUCUAUUGAAAUCAAGGAUGUGGAGGAACAUGGUGGAGACGAUGAAGAAGAGCCACUUAUUCAGAUGGUGGAGUGCCGCAUUUGCCAGGAGGAGGAUAGUGUCCAAAAUCUGGAGAUACCUUGUGCUUGUAGAGGCAGUUUGAAGUUUGCUCAUAGAAAGUGUGUUCAGCGAUGGUGCAAUGAGAAAGGAGACAUAACUUGUGAGAUCUGUCACCAGCCUUAUGAACCUGGUUAUAUUGUUCCUCCACCUGUACCUCGAUCUGAAGACGCUGCCAUUGAUAUCAGUGAGGGUUGGACAAUUUCUGGUUCUCCUCUGGACCUGCAUGACACUCGGCUUUUGGCAGUGGCAGCAGCAGAACAACAUCAUCUGGAGGCCGAAUAUGAUGAAUAUGCUGAUACCAAUGCAAGUGGAGCUGCAUUUUGCCGCUCUACUGCUCUGAUUUUAAUGGCUCUUCUACUCUUGAGGCAUGCCCUAACGUUUGGUGGUGGUGAUAAUGACGACGAUGACGACGAUAUUUCUACCUUUUUCACUCUUUUCUUGCUGCGGGCUGCUGGUUUUCUUCUACCAUGCUACAUCAUGGCCUGGGCUAUCAGUGUACUGCAGCGUCGAAGGCAGAGACAGGAAGCAGCAGCAGCACUUGCAGCAGCCGAAGUUACCUUCAUGAUUCAAGCAGGCCAGCGCCGGGGCUUGCAAUUCGUGAUAGCGCCACCAGGAAGUGCAGCAGCACCAGCAGCCACACCAACACCAGCACCAGCACCGGCAGUGGCUCCCAAUCUAGAUCCUCUUCAAUAACAACAUAUGAAAUACCCCAAAACUUAGAUGAUGAUGUGUGGACCACGGUCCCAUUCUGAGUGUACCAUUCGUAUUGUCUAAACAUAAGCUGGAGACUAGAGUGGAGAAGCAAAAUUAGAUGGGUGUCUCAUAUCUCAAGUUGUCUUGUUGCCUUGUUUGUUUACUUUCUGGAAGAGCUUGACGUUUGUUUCUGGUGAUUAAAGGAAAAGAACAAGAACUUGUACAUAAAUAUUGCAAACCCGAGGAGCAACUGUUGCUGGUUGGGAAAAUUUAUGGUAAUGGAGAGUUAAUAAUAAUAGCUUUGAAGAAGUGA